UAUUAAUACAAUAUUUGACCAAAGCUUGGAACCAAACAGAAUAAAAGCUGCAGGCUCGAUUCACUAGCUAGCUUCCUCAGUUCCAACUUCCAACACAAAGGAUAAGCCAUGAUCGACCUGCUGGAGGGAGCUUCUUCCCACACCAUUCCUUACUACCUCCUCCUCCUCCCUCUCUUCUUCCUCUCCCUAACCUACCUAGCACUCAAAUCCACGAACUCCGGCCGCCGGAAACUCCCUCCCAGCCCACCGUGGGGGCUCCCAAUCUUCGGCCACUCCGGCUUCAUGAAACCCCCAAUCCACCGCAUCCUCCAUGCGCUCGCCCAACGCCACGGCCCCAUCUUCUCCCUCCGCCUCGGCACCCGCCCCGCCGUCGUCGUCUCCUCCGCCGCCUUGGCCGAGGAAUGCUUCACCAAAAACGACGUCGCCUUCGCCAACCGCCCCCGCUUCACCAUGGCAAAACACAUCCACUACAACUACACCACCAUGACCCACGCCCCCUACGGCGGCCACUGGCGCAACCUCCGCCGCAUCGGCUCACUCGAGAUCUUCUCCGCCCACCGCCUCGCCGCCUCCCUCCCCAUCCGCCGCGAGGAGGUCCGCCGCCUCGUCGCCAAUCUCGUUCGCCGCACCGACGGUGGCCCGGCGGUGGUGGAGAUGAAGUCGGCGUUCCAGGAGCUGACGUUCGACACGAUGAUGAGGAUGGUGGCCGGGAAGAGGUUCUACAGCGACGACGAGGAGGCCAGGGGUUUUAGGGAGGUGAUCAAGGAGGUGGUGGCGCGUGCCGGUGCGAGCAACCGAGCGGAUUUCGGGGCGGUGCUGAGGUGGAUCGACGGCGGGAAGUUGGAGAGGACGGCGAGGGAGCUGGCCGGGAGGACGGAUUCCUUCUUGCAGAAGUUGAUUGAGGAGCGUAGGAGGAACACCAUGAUUGACCACUUGCUUGCGCUGCAGGAGUCGGAGCCCGAGAACUACAGUGACCAAAUUAUCAAAGGCCUUGUCAUGAUGGAACGAGUCCGUUGUACUCUACAAAAUGAGAUCCAUUUUCAAUAUUUUUUUAGAAAAAAAUUUUAUUGUCUGUCGUUACCAACUGCAUAUCAUAUGGUCAUGCUAUUGGCAGGAACCGAUACUUUAUCAGUGACUUUGGAAUGGGCACUUGCAAACCUUCUCAAUCACCCCAACAUAUUACUCAAAGCGAGAGAAGAAAUCGACAAGCAAAUUGGUCAAGAACGCUUGAUAGAUGAGCCAGAUAUUUCCAACCUUACUUACCUUCAGAACAUAAUCGUCGAGACCCUUCGAUUGUAUCCAGCUGGUCCACUUCUAGUUCCUCAUGCGUCGUCCGAAGAUUGUGUGGUCGGAGGGUAUCACGUGCCGCGCGACACUAUAUUAUUGGUUAAUGCAUGGGCUAUUCAUAGGGACCCUAAUCUUUGGGAUGAUCCCACGAGUUUCAUACCAGAGAGGUACGAGAAUGAAGGGAAGGAAAGUUAUAAGAUGAUACCUUUUGGGCUGGGUAGAAGGUCUUGUCCUGGUGUAGGCCUUGCCCAUCGGUUUAUGGGCUUGACACUAGGGAUAUUGAUUCAAUGCUUUGAAUGGGAAAGGGUGAGUGAGGAGGAGGUUGACAUGACUGAAGGUAAAGGUGCAACAAUGCCUAGAGAGAAGCCAUUGGAGGCCAUCUGUACGAGUCGCCCAAUUGUGAAGAAUUUUUUUUCGUGAAGGUGAAUGAAGACAUCCAAGAUCAAGACUUAAACUAGGCUCUUACUUGUUUCGAAAUUGCUAAAUGCAUUGAUGAGCAAAUGGGUGUUGUAGCUAAGUUGAUAGUGUUAUCGAAUUAAAUAAGUGGUAUUGUAUUUUUAUUCAUCAAGUCUGGAGAAUAGACGUAUAUUACCUGAAAUGGUCUUUUAAUUUAAUCAAGAACGAUAUUUAGAUUUGGUUGAGUUAGUUUUGUUCUUUGAUUUUAGAGUCAAUAACUCAACCUUUGUGAGAUUUUGUACGGUGUUUGUGUUCCAACUACACUCUCCUCCUGGAAUGCACCGUCUGCCCCGAUCACCAUCAUUCACCCUUGAUAUGGUAACUUAGUUUUACCCUCCUUAUCUUUCCUCCAUUGGGGACAAUGUCGGGCUUAAGUGUGGGGGGGAUGUUCGAUUAUUUAUGCGUGUGAAUGUUUGGAUGUAUGUGUGUGCUUGGAGCCUAGUCCACUGUCCAAAUUUUUAAAUUUGAGGGCUCCAAG